AUGUCCCCAAACCCACUCCCCUUGGCUCAGAGUCACACACAGAAUCCCCUCCAGGUCGGGGCCGAAAUCCAGUCCCGGUUUUUUGCCUCCCAGGGCUGCACCCAGAGCCCCUUCCAGGCUGCUGCUGCGGCGCCCCCACCACCCGCUCCUGCCACCUCUGCUGAUUCCCUGCAGGUGGACCUGCUCCCGGUACUGGCAGCUGCCCAGGAGACGGCAGCAGCUGCGGCGGUGGUGGCGGCUGCCACGGCCUCAGCUCCGGCUGCCUCCACGGUGGACACAGCAGCCCUGAAACAACAGCAGCCGGGGCCCGAGGGGAACGGGGGGCCGGUAGCUUCAGCCCCGCAGGCCGCCUCCCAGCCCCCCCCGGCCCAGCCGCCCGCGCCACCACCCCCCAGCGAGGCCCAGAAGAAGUCGAAGAGCAAGGGGCCGUACAUCUGCUCACUCUGCGCCAAGGAGUUCAAGAAUGGCUACAACCUCCGGCGCCACGAGGCCAUCCACACGGGCGCCAAGGCUGCCCGUGCCAGCCCUGCCACCAUGAAGAUGCCCACCAUGGUGCCCCUCAGCCUGCUGAGCGUCUCCGCCCUGGGGGCAGGCGGGGGUGGGGCGGCGCCGGGAGCAGAGGGGGGCGGGGCAGCUGGGCUGGUGACCACCACAGCCUCCGGCAAGCGGAUCCGGAAGAACCAUGCCUGCGAGAUGUGCGGCAAGGCCUUCCGCGAUGUCUACCACCUCAACCGGCACAAGCUGUCACACUCGGACGAGAAGCCCUACCAGUGCCCCGUGUGCCAGCAGCGCUUCAAGCGCAAGGAUCGUAUGAGUUACCACGUGCGCUCGCACGAUGGCGCCGUGCACAAGCCCUACAUCUGCAGCCACUGCGGCAAGAGCUUCUCCCGGCCGGACCAUCUCAACAGCCAUGUGCGCCAGGUGCAUUCGACAGAGAGACCCUUCAAAUGUGAGACGUGCGAGGCGGCCUUCGCCACGAAGGACCGGCUGCGGGCACACACGGUGCGCCACGAGGAGAAGGUGCCGUGUCACGUGUGCGGCAAGAUGCUCAGCGCCGCCUACAUCACGGACCACAUGAAGGUGCACAGCCAGGGACCCAACCACAUCUGUGAGCUGUGCAACAAAGGGUUCACCACAGCGGCUUACCUCCGGGUGCACGCGGUCAAGGACCACGGACUGGCGGCCCCGCGGGUGGAGCGCUUCCUGUGCAAGCUGUGCGGCGUGCACUGUAAGACCCCGGCCCAGCUCAACGGGCACCUGCAGACGCACGCUAGCGCCGGCGCUGGAGCCAGAGAGGGGGCCGGGGCCGCGCCCGCCGAGGCCCAACCGCUGCGGUGAAUCGCCGGGGACAGGUACGGGCGAGCUCUGCCCCCUGGCAGCAGCAGCGGCCCCGCCCACGUCGGCCGUCACCGUCCUGCCCAUGGAGGGGGCCCCGG